AUGGGGCACACGCCGACCAGGAGAUGGAACGAAUGGGAGACCUUGCUCCGACUGCUGACCCCUCAGCAGACCUACCACGGUUCAGAGGAACAGGUAGAGGCAUCCUUCUUCGAGCUGCAGCAGGAUGCAGCUUGCGACCUGCUGCAGAGUGGUGCACCCCGAGUGGCCUGGACAUUCUGCUUCGGGGCGCUUUAG